AUGAAGGCUUUCAUCAUGCUUCCCCUUCUCAUGAAAGCCAUUUCCUCUCUCUUAGUCUUUCUUUCUUUUCUCAAACCAACCCUGUCCACAGUUGGAAUCAACCUUGUCUCUAAUAUCUGCCUAGGAGGAAACUCUAGUCAGAUAAACAGUCUCUACCAACCUAACUUGAAUCUCACCCUCACCAAUCUCUCCUCACAAGCAUCAAACCGUGGUUUCUACAACUUCACAUUUGGCUCUGGCUCCGAUCAAGUCUAUGCACUCUACCUCUGUCGAGGCGACGUUAAUCCCCGAGUUUGUCAAUCAUGUAUUGUUGCCGCCUCAAAUCUCCUCACACAACAAUGCCCGAACAACAAAUCAGCCAUCGUUUGGUAUAAAGAAUGCAUGCUUCGUUAUUCGAAUACCACCAUAUUCUCAAUUGAAGCAGACUGGCCCGCGAGUUACCAAUGGAGCCUUGCCAAUGUUUCAAAUCCUACCCAAUUCAAUCAGGUUUUUUCGGAUACACUGAAUGGGUUGAUCAAGAAAGCAGUCAACAACAUAACCACACCUGCUUAUUUCCAAACUGGGGAGGCAAAGAUUUCUAUUUUACAGACCUUGUAUAGCCUGGUCCAAUGCACGCCCGAUAUUACAUCGUCUGAAUGUAACCGGUGCUUGCAAGUCGCGCUAAAUGAUUAUCAAACGUGUUGUUCGGGAGGGAGUCAAUGGGCAGUUAUUUUCCGGGCAAGCUGUGAACUUAUGUAUGAACUCGCUCCUUUCUACAACAUGGAUUCUCAGUCAACUCCUUCUCCGCCACCUUCUACUUCUCUUGCAGCAACUCCACCUACCGUAAAUAAUACUAAUAAUGGAUCGGGAAAAGGGAAGAUCUCCAUUCUUCCAGUGAUCAUAGUAGUAUCCGUCGUUGUUGUGGUAUUGCUUCUUUCAAUCUUCUCAAUUUGUCUCUAUAAAAGGAAAGUAACUAAACCACAAGUCGAUGGUGAUGAUAUAGCUAACGUUGAAUCACUUCAGUACGAUUUUAAAAUUAUCAAAGCAGCCACCCAAAACUUUUCAGCUGCUAAUAAACUUGGGGAGGGUGGAUUUGGUAUUGUCUAUAAGGGGAUGUUGCCUAAUGGUCAAGAAAUUGCUGUCAAGAGGCUAUCUGAUAGCUCUGGACAAGGAGAUCAAGAAUUCAAGAAUGAGAUGGUUUUGGUUGCUAGGUUACAACAUCGAAAUCUCGUUAGGCUUUUGGGAUUUUGUAUUAAAGGGCAAGAGAAGAUUUUAGUUUACGAGUUUGUCCCGAAUACGAGUCUCGAUCGCUUUCUAUUUGAUACAAAGAAGCGAGGACUUUUGGAUUGGGAGACGCGGUUUAGGAUUAUAAAGGGAAUCGCCAGAGGACUAUUGUAUCUUCAUGAAGAUUCCCGACUCAAAAUUAUUCAUAGGGAUCUUAAAUCUAGUAACAUAUUGUUAGAUGGUGAAAUGAACCCCAAAAUUGCAGAUUUUGGUAUGGCUAGACUUGUGGACAUAAAUCAAACUCAAGGCAAUACGAGUAGAAUCGUCGGAACAUACGGAUAUAUGGCACCAGAGUAUCAUUUGAGGGGUUUUUUCUCCAUUAAGUCCGACGUUUACAGUUUUGGUGUCAUAUUACUAGAGAUUGUGAACGGACAGAGAAACUACGCAUAUCAAUCGGAAUGCAAUCAAGAUCUUCCACGCUAUGCGUGGCAAAAAUGGAACAAUGGAAUGUUCCAAGAUCUGAUAGACCCGGAACUUGGUUACAAUAUUUCAAUGGAGGAAGUGAAAAGAUGCAUUCAGAUUGGUUUGAUAUGCGUUCAGGAGGACUCGGAUGCGAGACCAACUAUGGCUUCUGUUAUUCACAUGCUCGGUAGCAACUCACAAAGGUUAUCAUUACCUAAAGCACCCGCCUUAUUCAACUAUAACAAUGGUCAGUCAAAUACGGAAUCAAUUUCACGAAAUAAUGAACGCAUAUAUACAAGUGGAAGCAAGUCUUACAUGUGGUCAAAUGAGGUUCAUGGCUUCUUCAUGGAUCCCGAAGUUGAAAUACACGAUGUUCAAAUCCAUAGAAUUAGAAUGACUUUUACUUCCGGAAAGGAGCUUCGCAAAUUUUAUAACGUUUAUGUCCAAUCAAAGGAUUUUGGCAUUUCUAAUCUAGGAGCAAGGAACGAUGAAGAUGGAAAACAAAAUUGGUUCUCCAUUGCUUGUGCCAAAAGUGGUGCAUGUUCUACGAAGGGGAAACAUUUUGCAAUGUACUUUCCACCAAGACAAAGUGUAAGGCUAAGAUAA